GUCCUGCUGGGCCACCCUCCUUCGUACACUGCGGAUGUUGCUGCUCCAGUCUCUGCUGUGUCCCUGCCGCCUGCUGUCCUUUCCCCUCCUCUUCCAGAUACUCUGCUGCCUACCGCCCCUGAGCUCCUGCCCAAGCUCCCUAGCUCCCUGGCCCCCACAGUGGCUGCAGCCUCUCAGAGUGUGCCCACCCAGACCUCUGCACUACUCCUGCCAACAAACCCACCUCUGCCCACUGGGCCUGCAGUCGCUGGUCCCUGCCCUGCUGUCCAGCUGAUGGUGGAAGUGGCUCAAGAGGAGCAGGUCUCGCAAGACAAGCCCCCUGGCCCCCCACAGAGCUGCGAGAGCUUUGGAGGUUCUGAAGUCACCUCUGGAAGGGACCUGAGUGACAACUGUGAAGGCACCUUUGGAGGGGGCAGGCUGGAGGGCAGGACUGCCAGGAAACACCACCGUAGGUCCACUCGAGCACGCUCCCGGCAGGAGAGGGCCAGCCGGCCUCGGCUCACCAUCCUGAAUGUGUGUAACACUGGGGACAAGAUGGUGGAGUGUCAGCUGGAAACGCAUAACCAUAAGAUGGUGACCUUCAAGUUUGACCUUGAUGGAGACGCUCCUGAUGAGAUUGCCACAUACAUGGUAGAGCAUGACUUCAUCCUGCCUGCGGAGCGAGAGACAUUCAUUGAACAGAUGAAGGAUGUCAUGGACAAGGCCGAAGACAUGCUCAGUGAGGACACAGAUGCUGAUCAUGGCUCUGAUACAGGGACCAGCCCUCCACACCUGGGUACCUGUGGUCUGGCCACAGGGGAGGAGAACGGACAGUCCCAAGCCAACGCCCCUGUCUAUCAGCAGAAUGUCUUGCACACGGGGAAGAGGUGGUUUAUCAUCUGUCCAGUGGCUGAACACCCAGCAACAGAUACUUCUGAAUCAUCACCCCCACUUCCUCCAAGCUCUUUGCAGCCAGAAGCCAGCCAAGACCCAGCGCCCUAUCCAGACCAGCUGUCCUUGAAGGACAAACCUAGUUUCCCAGCUGCUCAGCAGCUCCUGAGCCAGGCAGGCUCCAGCAACCCUCCUGGUGGAGCAUCAGCCCCCUUGGCCCCAUCUUCCCCUCCUGUGACUACUGUAAUCCCGGCAGCACCAGCCACCAGCACCGUGCCAGAGUCAGCAUCAGGGACUGCCAUGCAGGCAGGGGGGCCAGGGACCCAACAAGGACCAGCCAGUAUCCAUGAGCCCCUCCAGCCACUGGUUGAGACUCACCAUACCCAGUGUGCUGCCCAGCCCCUCAGUACUGGCCAAGGACCUUGCACUCCAGCUCCAGAAGCCUCUCGCUGCUCCACAGGUCUGGGGGAGCCCAUCUCAGCCAGGGAGGUCAGCACGCUAGGGGAGCCCCUGCCUGCUUCAGUGCCAGAGCCCAGCCCCCCCACUGGGGCCACACAGCCUGUACCGGGUCAGCCACCACUCCCACCACCCGUUACCGUGGGAACUAUCAGCCUGGCAGCUCCCCAGCUCCCCAGCCCCCCACUGGGGCCUACUGCUCCCCCACCACCACCCUCAGCCUUGGAAUCAGAUGGGGAAGGGCCACCCCCUAGGGUGGGCUUUGUGGACAACACCAUCAAGAGCCUGGAUGAGAAACUUCGGACUCUGCUCUAUCAGGAGCAUGUGCCCACCUCCUCAGCCUCAGCUGGGACUCCCAUGGAGGCAAGCGAUAGAGACUUCACCUUGGAGCCCCUGCGAGGAGACCUGCCCUCAGCUUUGAGUGACAGGACCCCAAGCCUCAGCCAGCAGGCCCAGCCCUCAUUGGAGAAGUCAGAAACGGCCCCUGCAGGAUGGGCCCUGGCUCAGCGGGAACAGGGUACAUCUUCUCCAAUGACAGAAGAGUCAUCUUCCAGCAACACACUGGGCUGUGACAGUGACACAGGGCAGGUGGCCACAGCACCCAGUAUCCCCCAGGGCGCCUCUGUUCCUUCCAUCCCUACACAUGUGGAUCCCAAAGAUCAGAACAGUAGUGUUCCCAGAGAAGCCUUGGCUGCACCCCUGCAGAGUUGCCCGGGGACCUUCACAGAAGGCAGCCCAGCCCAGAUGCGUGGCGCUCGGGUCUCCGGGUCCCCUCAUAAACGACUGGGGCAGCAGGACUGCAGUUCUCCAGCCAAAACUGUGGGCCGCUUCUCCGUGGUCAGCACACAGGAUGAGUGGACCCUGGCCUCGCCUCACAGCCUGCGGUACUCCGCCCCACCUGACGUCUACCUGGACGAGAUCCCCUCCAGCCCUGAUGUGAAGCUGGCAGUGCGGCGGGGACAGACGGCUUCCUCCAUCGAGGUUGGCGUUGAGGAGCCUGCCUCCAGUGACUCUGGGGAUGAGUGCCCGAGAAGGAGGCCCCAGGUGCAGAAGCAGUCCUCCUUGCCGGGUAGUGGUGGUGUGGCAAGUGACUUUGUGAAGAAGGCCACCGCCUUCCUGCACAGGUCUUCAAGAGCUGGCUCGCUGGGCCCUGAGACGCCCAGCAGGGCAGGUGUAAAGGUGCCUACCAUCAGCAUCACCUCCUUCCACUCUCAGUCAUCCUAUAUCAGCAGUGACAACGACUCAGAGUUUGAGGACGCAGACAUAAAGAAGGAACUGCGCAGUCUACGGGAAAAGCACCUGAAGGAAAUCUCUGAGCUACAGAGCCAGCAGAAGCUAGAGAUUGAAGCCUUGUACCGCCGCUUGGGCAAGCCACUCCCUCCCAAUGUGGGGUUCUUCCACACAGCACCUCCCAUGGGCCGCAGGAGGAAAACCAGCAAGAGCAAAUUGAAGGCUGGCAAGCUGCUGAACCCCCUGGUGCAACAGCUCAAGGUCGUGGCCUCCAGCACAGGUCAUUUGUCUGACUCCAGCAGAGGCCCUCCCACUAAGGACCCUGCCCACGCCAGCACGCCCCCGGGCACCAAGGCAGUUCAGACCCAGCAGCCCUGCUCCGUCCGGGCCUCCCUGUCCACAGACAUCUGCUCCGGUUUAGCCAGUGAUGGAGGCGGAGCGCGUGGCCAAGGCUGGACGGUUUACCACCCAACGUCUGAGAGAGGGGCCUAUAAGUCUAGUAGCAAGCCUCGUGCUCGAUUCCUCAGUGGACCCGUAUCUGUGUCCAUCUGGUCAGCCCUGAAGCGUCUCUGCCUAGGCAAAGAACACAGCAGUAGGUCUUCCACCAGCAGCCUGGCCCCAGGCCCUGAGCCAGGUCCCCAGCCCACCCUGCACGUCCAGGCACAGGUGAACAACAGCAACAACAAGAAAGGCACCUUCACGGAUGAUCUGCACAAGCUGGUGGACGAGUGGACAACAAAGACGAUGGGGGCAGCGCAGCUGAAGCCCACGCUCAACCAGCUGAAGCAGACACAGAAGCUGCAUGACAUGGAGGCCUCUGGCGAGGCACGGGCUACAACUGUGCCUCGAGCAGGAGUGGGGAUACCGUGUUUGGCCCCAGCACCUGGCCCUCUGUCCACCACAGCCAUUCCUGGAGCCACCCCAGCCCUGCCUGUGCCCAUACCAGAUCCUGAGAGUGAAAAACCCGACUGA